CAGAAUAAGGAUCCGCCAGCAAUGAGUUAUUUUCAAAUUUAUUUUAAUAAUAAUUUAUUUCUACAGAUUUAUAACUUAUUAUCGGCUAAAUAAAGAAGCUUUUGUUUUAGUUUUGGAAAAAAUUUCUCCCCACCUCAAACGUUCCAAUAUACCGGCUAUUAUCCAGCUUGCAACAACGCUUAGGUUUUUGGCUACGGGUGCAUUUCAAGGAGUUAUAGGUAGAGAUGUGGAGCUAAGCCUUGGGAGAAGUACAGUUUCUACAAUUAUGUGGAUUAUUAUUAGUGCAAUUGGAGCUGAAAUUUGUCCACAUUGGAUCAAAUUAAGAAUGUCUUCCGAAGAAAAAAGAAAGUCGAAAUUGUACUUUUUUGAAAAUUAUGAAAUUCCAGGAAUUGUAGGAUGCAUUGACGGAACUCACGUUAGAAUGGUUAAACCUUCCGAAGACGAAUCCCUUUUUUAUAAUAGAAAAGGGACAUUUAGCAUGAAUGCAAUGAUUGUAAGUAAACCAACACCAUUUUCAUUGCCCGGUUCUUGCCAUGAUGCCUUUAUUUGGAAUUUAAGUGGGGCAAGACAAUUUUUUUUAAAUCAAUAUGAAGAUGGUGACAGAAAUUCUUGGUUAUUGGGGGAUUCUGGUUAUGGAUUGGAACUAUUCCUAAUGACCCCAUAUAGGGAUGUUAGUGUAGGAACAAAGGAGCACAAAUUUAACAAAAAACAUACCCUAACGCGUAGCAUAAUAGAACGUACAAUUGGUGUACUUAAAAGUUCAUUCUAA